AUGACCGCAUGUGAGGCCAGCGACGUUCACGGCGAGGACCUCGAGAGGCCGAGCGGAGCCGCGCGGACGCAGGUUUUCCGGGUGGACCAGCCCCCACCGUGUCUCCUCAACCUCUGCCUGGCACUGCAGCAGGUACUGGUUCAGUCCUCGUUGCUGGUUCUGGUGCUGGCCUUCCUGCAGCAGCAGCUGUGGGUGCAGGAGGGAGAGAGGGAGAAGCUCCUGGCCUCUGGGUUUUUUUACUCCAGCAUCUCCACUCUGCUGCAGAGCUGGCUGGGGACAUGCUUGCCCCUGGUUCAGGCUCCCUCCCUGGAGUUUAUGAUCCCUGCCCUUGUCCUUACUUCCCAGAGGCAUCAGCAUGGGAGUACAUUGGCCUGCAGGGGGCAAUGUGAAGAGAAAGAAGAGUCAUUGACUCAAACUGACCUAGUGAGAGAGCUCCAGGGCAUGGUUCUGAUCACCGGGCUGGUCCAGCUGGUUCUGGGUAUGAGUGGACUCUGUGGCUUGGUGCUGAGGCAUUGUGGUCCGCUGGUCCUGGCUCCUCUCUUCUGUGUUCUCGGCUUCUCCAUCUACAAGGAUGCAGCACUGCUUUGCUCCGACCACUGGGGUAUCACUGCACUGGCGGUUGUGCUCAUGCUGCUCCUGUCUCAGCACCUGCGCUCCUGCUUCCUUCCAGCCCCCCGAGGAGUGUCUCGUUACCCUGUCUGCAGGAUGGUCUCGGUGUUGCUGUCCCUGCUGAGCGUGUGGGCUGUGUGUGCAGCCCUCGAGCACCUGGGACAUUUCCGCCCACAUCGGGUAUCCGAGCUGCUGCCCGCGUCACGGCCACAUGAACCUUCCAGCACUGUCCCCUGGGCCCGCUCAAACUCCUCCCACACCCUGCCCUGGGCCCGGCCAAAUUCCUCACACACCCUCCACUGGUCUAACCCGAACAGCUCCUACCUCGCACCCUGGAUAAGCUUUCCUCUGACAGGGGUGUCUCAGCUCCCCCUGCUGUCUGCCCGGGGUGUGGCAGCCGGUGUGGCCGCUGCACUGGGGUCGUCCAUCAGCUCCCAGAGCGUCUACCUGCUGACAGCGAGGAUCCUGGGGGCCCCACCCCCUCCCCCUGCAGCCUGUAACCGUGGGCUGUGCGCUGAGGGGCUGGGGAGCAUGAGCGCCGCCCUGCUGGGGGGCAUGGUAGGGGUCAGCAGCAGUGUACCCAAUGCCUGCACUCUCGGACUCAGCCAGUGUGGCUCGAGGUGCACCGUGCAGCUGGCGGCCAUGUUGGGACUGGUCCUCGGGAUGUCUCCCCGCCUCACCCAGCUGAUCACCUCCGUACCCCUGGGGAUCCACGGGGCCGUGCUCAGCGUGACCUACGCCGUGGCCAUUGGGACGGGCGUGGCCUACUUCCAGUACACGCACAUGGACUCCGGGCGCAACAUCUUCAACAUCGGGUUCGCCGUCUUCAUGUCCCUGCUGAUCCCUCGCUGGUUCUCCCUGCAGCCCGCCUUCAUCGCCACCGGUAUAUCUAGUCUUGAUGUGCUGCUCCAGUCUCUUCUGACUUUACCUGUAUUCCUGGUGGGACUCCUGGCUUUCCUCCUGGACAACACUGUGUCAGGCUCUCCGUCAGAGAGGGGUCUCCCUUCCAGUGUAAUGAGGAAAGGCGGACGGGCCAGCAGCGCGGCGGAAUAUUCCCAGCAGCUGGCCACCGUCUAUGACCCCCCGUUCGCGGUGAGGAGGCUCCUGCACCUUCCCGGGCUCAGGGUCGUCCCUUUUUGCGCCUGCAGGACCCCUGUUGAAGAGGCAGCGCUGUCACCGAUGGAGACGGCUGACCUGCUGUCAGAGAAUCAGGGGAAUGGUCCAUAG